AUGAGUCACGUCCUGGGCCUGGAGUUGAGGAGGGAAGCACCGCCUCUCCUAGGGCCCCUUCUCUCCCCCUUUCCUCCCGCUGGUUCCUGGCGCAGCCAGAUGCUGCGCAGCGAUCACCGAUUCCCCAUCACCAAUUCGACUGGGGCGCCCCGCAAGGCCGCAGGCAAGAUGAACAUUCUGGCGCCGGUGCGGAGGGACCGCGUCCUGACGGAGCUGCCCCAGUGCCUGAGGAAGGAGGCCGCUUUGCACGUGCACAAAGACUUCCACCCCCGCGUCACCUGCGCCUGCCAGGAGCACCGGACAGGCACCGUGGGAUUUAAGAUCUCCAAGGUCAUUGUGGUGGGGGACCUGUCAGUGGGGAAGACUUGUCUCAUUAAUAGGUUCUGCAAAGACACCUUUGAUAAGAACUACAAGGCCACCAUCGGAGUGGACUUUGAGAUGGAACGAUUUGAGGUGUUGGGCGUCCCCUUCAGUCUGCAGCUCUGGGACACUGCUGGACAGGAGAGGUUCAAAUGCAUUGCAUCGACCUACUACCGAGGAGCUCAAGCCAUCAUCAUCGUUUUCAACCUGAAUGAUGUGGCCUCCCUGGAACAUACCAAGCAGUGGCUAGCUGAUGCACUCAAGGAGAAUGACCCUUCCAGUGUGCUUCUCUUCCUCGUGGGUUCCAAGAAGGACCUGAGUACUCCUGCUCAGUAUAUGCUAAUGGAGAAAGAUGCACUCAAGGUGGCCCAAGAGAUGAAGGCCGAGUACUGGGCAGUCUCAUCUCUCACUGGUGAAAAUGUCCGGGAAUUCUUCUUUCGUGUGACGGCACUGACCUUUGAGGCCAACGUGCUGGCUGAGCUGGAGAAAUCAGGAUCCCGGCGUAUUGGGGAUGUUGUCCGCAUCAACAGUGAUGACAGCAACCUCUACCUAACUGCCAGCAAGAAGAAGCCUAUGUGUUGCCCAUGACGGGUGAGGGUACUGUCCAGAGACUGCCCAGCCCUGGGGCAGUGUGCCACAUUUACUCCCCCAGAGCUCAACCCCUGGACAUUUGCACUGACUGUUUUUCCAGACCAAAGAGCUGCCCCUUGGUGGCAGUAUCCCCAGAGGUGUAGCUGGGACCAUGCUAGUCACUUCCUGCUCCCAGGCACCGUGCCAAAAACUGGAUGCCCCUCUCCUCCAGGGCUCUCCAGGUUGCCCAGUGGUAAGGAGGUGGGUGAGCCCUGCUGCUCUUACUCAGCCUGCUGGGCCCUCUGGGUUUGAGGAUGCUUAAUGGUCCCAGCCUCACACUAUGCCUUAUGCAUUAAAAUAUCUGUUAUUAGCA